GUGCACAUGCAGAGACUGCCGAGAGUGAAAUACACGAGCACGCUAUGGAAUUGAUGUGUUGUUGGGUCGGAGUUUUUGUGGUGUGGUUUCUCGUCCUUGCGGAAGGGAAUCCGCAAUCAAAAUCGGGUAACGAGCUUGAGGAAGUGGAUUUCACUUGCAAAACGCUUUGGAGUUGCUUCAAGUUCGAGCUGGAAGAAAGCUCGACUCUGGUCAGCGCCUUGAACAAUAUUACUAACAUCUGCGAGAGCCAAAUCCACUCUGACAACGGGACUCAGGCAUAUGGUUGGACGGCGUUUAGCAAACUUUGCAGGAGUGGGUCCUACAUCGAUUUGCUCAUUGGAAAUUACAUUGAGCCGAAUGAUCGAGGAGAUUACCACCUUUGCAUGCUCACGGGUCUCGGGUUAUUUGACUCGCAAUCAGGGAUCCAUUUCCCUGCUUUGGCACAAUUCAUCAAGAAGGUCAAAGGCAGAGACCAAGAAAAGGCUUCUGUUGAAAAGACAAUUUCCGACUGCGGAAAGAAGGUCGUCAGCGGGGCUUCGUUGUCGGUCAUGCAAAAGCUGCGACAGUUCCAGGAUUGCUUGCUGGAAGUCAAGCUGUGCCGCUGAAUGCUCUCUUCUUUUUUUUACGACGUUUGCGUACGCUUUUUUAUUUAAUGAAUAAACGCGAUGGUUUUCGUUCUUCGUGCGUGGUGGAUUAAGGUCGGUGCCCCAUUUUCGAGGGCUAGGGUUUUGCUGGGCUUCGAUUCGGCGUGUGUGUGGCGGAUGCCAAGAAUUACUCUCCACGCUGGGCGUUCGAAGCGAUGGCUUAUUGCUUGUCCCGGUCAUCCCGUCCUCUCCUUGAACGGCAGGAAUAUAGGCUGGUAAGUUGUAUCAAACGACGUGGUGUUGCCGUAGCCCUAUGCUUCCAUGCGCGAAGUGUGAUGCGGAGUAAGGAAUGCCUAGCUUCACUGCGAGGGAAAACGUUGGGAUAUAUUGGGGAACGCUGGUUUUAUCUGGUCUACAUGCGCCACUCAAGCCUGGAGAAGCCAGCCGUGGUGAGAGUUGCGACUGCAGCCCGCUGGAUUUCUCUCAGAUGCGACACGUGCUCGUUCCGUAAAUGUUCGGUCUUACCAGCACUUUUUCAUCGACGUCCAAAAAAAAGAAGAAGAAAGAAAGCGCUUUAUACAUUACUGGAGCAUUCAUUUGUGUCGGGUGAACCAUAGACCGCUUUUGAUACCAUACUAGGGUACUAUAUGUGGAAAUAAUGCAAAGUUUCCCUGUGCUUCACAGUUUCGAGCAGAAAAUAAAUCCGGUCACAGCAAGAGGAAAACUGUCGCAGCCGUUUUUAAUUAAAACGUGGCAAAAGGCAAAAGUGCAUGUGAUAGGAGACGUGGUAUCAUCUUCAAGAAUGACGCUACAUGUGGUGUUUUAUUCAUCGCACAUUCUUGCUAUCAUACUGUAUAUUGAAAAUGUUUCAAAUGAAAGCCGUCUGAAGUUAAUUGCAUGUGGCUCGAAUGAUUUUUAAUCGUCGACCAUUUUUACCCAGGAG